UCAUUGGAACUUCUAUGUGUUGUCAUGACGACGACGUCUCUGUUCAAUCCCACAAUCCACCAGUGAAAGCUUAGAGAAAGUAAAGACACUGUUGCAGGGGAGUGCUGUCAUACAUGUAGUGUGUUUUUUUUCUCUAAACAAUGUCGUGGGGAAAAUAUCCAUCCAUAGAGGAAAGAGAUUUGGUUCAUGGAACUCCGAUCAAAGUUUAUAAAAAUGGUGAUCCCUGGUUUCCUGGUAAAAGAGUUGUUAUCAAUCAACGACAACAUCCCACUUUCGAGUCGUUCCUCAAUUACCUGACGAGUAAUCUAAAGGAGGAGAGGGCAGUCCGGCGGCUAUUCACUCCAGAUCACGGCACCAGGAUCACGGAUUAUGAUCAGAUUAAACCAGAGAGUGUUUACGUCACAUCUCAUUCUCUCAACAGCAACGAACAUCUUAGGAGAAUUAGAUACACAGCCAUAGAAGGUCAUAGUCCAAGACCAUCCAAAAUAAAUAAAACCAAUUUUAAUAAUAGAAUUGAACCAGUUUUUCACAGCAAAAUACGACAAGAUGCCAGAUUUAGACAAAGUCAAUCUUUUGCUAGCAAAGCCAAGCGCAUCACGGUUGCUAUUAACAAUGAUGAAAUUGAUCAUCCUCAUGUUAUAUUAAUCCCUGCCAAGAAAGCCAAUGAUCUCCCAAGCAUCAUAGAAACUGUGGCUAAAGACCUAGAAGAGAGGGGAGUACAUCACCGAGUGGAAUAUUUAGUGGACACAGAUUCUGAGCUAGUUUGUACAAAUGCUGAUGAUAUCAUUGAGGACCACAUAUACGUCGCUUGUAAUAAAGCCAGUAGAUAUAAGCACAAGACGUACACCAGAGACGGAAGGAAAAACUUCGUAGUCAUUCCCUCACCGCGCCCCUUACAGAGACCUAAAUUUAUCUGGGAGAGCUCAAAUGUGAAUGGUUCUCGGGAAAACAAGCGGCCUAGAACUCUCCCUCCCAUUGGUUCCAAAAACUACAAAGGCUCCCCGGACAACUCAGUAGCAUCCAACCCAGAAUAUAGAAGGAAACCCAAUCAAGCAAAUGGUGCAAUUCACACGAAGCCACAGAAGCACAAACGUACCCCAGAGAAGAAACCUAAGCAGACCGACUAUGAUAGAGAUGAUGGUGGUGUCUUUAAGGCUAAGGACACAAACAAACACACAAAGGGAGCUAAGGAGGUAGGGGAGACAAAAGAUACACGGACAGACCUCCCCAUAGAUCAGGUCCCUGCGGAGGAGGUGAAGGAUGAACUCCUGUUUGAAGAAGAAAACACAGCCAAGGUUCCAAGUGAAAUUACAUUAAGUCGCAGGCAGUCAGAUGAGGGCAACCAAGGAGAUGAAUAUGAUGAUUAUGACAAUGAUGAUGAUGAGGAUGAAAAGAUCAAAAGUCAGAGGACACCAAAGGCACCCCAGAAUUCUAUGAAAGAUAAAAAUGCAAAAUCUAGUACAAAACCAGAGAAAAAGGAAACAACCCAAAAAACCAACAGCAAAACAAACAGCAACAACAACAAUAAAUCUAAUACAAAUCAGAAAACAGCUGACCAUUCACAUGGUUCGAAGGAUCCUGCCCCUAAAAAACAUUCAGGAACAAGAGGAGAGUUCAACAAUGUGUCUCCUCUCCCCGACAUAGGGCAACAAAACAGGUCCUCCACCCCUAUAGGACAAGAUGGUAAAAUGUCUCCCACUCAAAAAGAGAAAGAUCAGGCUGCAGCAAAAAUACAAGCAAAUUACAGAGGCCAUAAAACAAGGCAAGAACUUGCCAAACAGAAAGAAGAUGUCAACAAAAAAGAUGCUCUGAAUAAACCAGCAGAUACCAAAAAGGAUGAUAAGAAACCGGAUCAGAAAACGAAAGCAGAUACCAAAAACACAGAAAUGAAAGAAGAUGAAGCAGCAACGAAAAUUCAAGCAGGAUUCCGAGGACACAAAACUCGCCAAGAACUUAAGAAACAACAGGGAAAUCAACAGGUAAAGGAUGCUAAAAACUCUUCAGUUAAUACAGGUAAGACGACUUCCAAACGAGGCCAGAAACAGAGUGAAGAGGACAAAGCAGCAACAAAAAUACAGGCUGGAUUCAGAGGACACAAAACAAGAAAGGAAUUAGCAGAGAAGAAAGCAGAAGAAGAGGAGUUAAAUCAUGCUGCAACCAAGAUCCAAGCCAACUACAGAGGCCACAAGACAAGAGAAGAACUGAAAAAGAACCAAGCACCUGCCACCAAGACUAAUCAGUAUAACGAGGAAGAGGAAAAAGCUGCAACCAAAAUCCAAGCUGGCUUUCGAGGUCAUCAAACUAGAAAACAAUUAAAUCAACAGGAUGACAAGGCAAAUGCACAACAAGAUCAAAAGCAACCAAAUGCACCUCCUGCACAGAACAACCCCCCUGCACCCACUCAAAGUGAUCAGACUGCCCCAAAGGGAGAUAAUGCAAAUAAGAAACCUGAAAGCGCUAAAAAGGGAGACAAACCUCCCAAUACCGCUGAUUCUAGCAAAGCUCCUGCAAAUCAGGAAACUGAUAGCAGUGCUCAAAAGGGAGAUAAACCCCCAAAUACCGCUGAUUCAAACAAACCAACUACUCAGAAAACCGAAGAUAGCGCUCAAAAGGGAGAUAAACCCCCAAAUACUGCUGAUUCUAACAAACCUCCGGCGGCAGCAGGUCAGAUAGACCAGUCUGCCUCUCAAGAGGGCAAUACUGGCCCAACAGCAGGAGGGGAUAAGACUAAUUAGUACAGAGUUUUGUUAUUGGGGAACAUUGUCAAGUAUAGCUUUAUGUAUUUACUGUGUGUUUUUAUACACAAAAACAUUCCAAGAGAUGAUAGGUUGGCAUGACUGUAUAGCUAACAUGAAAAUUAACAGCUUCUGAAGUACAAAUAACCUGAUGACAAGUAACAGAUUAUUUGUCUGUCUGACCUCGUAAUUGUGAAUGGUGCAGUAGAUCUUACACUGAGUUUCUAUGGUGCAGGCUUUUGCAUUAAUAUGUGUGCAUUUCUUUGUUUGUCUUGCUUAUUUAAUGCUGAAGUUCUUUUUCAAUUAGUUAAAAAAUUUAUUGAAUUAAUUAGAAAUCUGGCUAUGCUAAAAGCGUUAAAAAUCCAACUAAUACACAGCAAAAUUUUGAUACUGAACGCAAGAAAAAGAACUUCUGUUUUGACUGCAUACGUACUGGUAAAUGUUGAAUGGGCAUGCGCAUGAAUUAUCACACCAUUUGCUUCUUUUGCAGAAAUGAGGUGACAGGAGGAUUUUCAUUGGUUGCUGGGAUAUUAUCACCAUGACUUCCAGAGAAUUUCAUUGUUUUUAUUUACUAACCCUACUCAGUAUAUAUAAUUGCAUGAUUUGUAUUAGUGUACAAGACUUUAUUUAUAAACCGAUUUUGAGUGGCAAAGUAUAGAGUUAUGUUGGUGUGCUUGGACGGAGAAAGGAAUUAAAAUCCAACAUAGAGGAGGAAGAUAAAAUUGUAGCAUUGUGUAGAUAUCUCUUACCUAUCAUAUUUACAUGUUCCCAUAACAACUUUGUAGAUGACCAUUAUACAGAAUAUUUAAUGUGAACUGUGAUAUGUAUAUAGUCCCCGUCUCUUGGUUGGAUCACAAAUGCUCAACCUAUUGCCCUAUUUUUAUCGAUAUUUUCCAUAUUACAUAUUGUAUUAUACCCAUAACACCCGCAGUAAUUGUUGUUUGAAACAAAUUGAUAUAUUUUUGUUUUUCGUCAUGGAGUAAGAUAGAGUAUUAUAUUUUUGUCAUAGAUUAUUUAUCCAUAUCAAACCAUUCGGUUAUUUAAAACGUCAUAUCAUUUACACAUUGUUAUUAUUCGGAAUUCAGAGUAUUGAACUUGUAGGAUCUAAUGGCACAUUAUCAACAAGUCGUGUAGACUUGUGCGUCCAAAUGCCAGAGGGACCAGAAUUUAUGAAAACAUUCCGUCCAGUUUAUUUUUGAAGAAUUUUUUUUUGUCUGUGAUACAGCGUUUUAUUUUCACAAAAAAGUCCCAGUAUAUUUCCUGCACACUUUGUUACGACUAGAUAUACUUUUACAAAUUCAAAUUCUGGUCCAAUAUGAUAUUUCUCUCUUUUUAGCUCUAUGCACGGAAGGACAAUCAAUAAAUAAAAGUCCCUAUGUGUUUUUAUUUUCGUUAAACAAGUGAUUUGUAUGCUUAAAGUUAAAAAAAGAUGUUUCUUCAGCAUUUCUUUUGUAUUUAUGACUAUGGUAUAUUUAUAUUGUAAAGUUAUUAAGGUACAUGUAAUGUUCUUCUGAAAUAAAAAUUUGAUAUUUG